GGCUAGAGCGCGCCCCGGGGCUGGGGCCCAUUCCAGCGGCAGGGCGGCCGGGAAAGCCGGAGACGCGGUGCAGAGAGGGCUUUCGCUGGGGACCCGCUAGGCCUUGUGACCCACUUUAUUCCUGUCACAACUCGGGCACGUUUGGAGCGGCGCCCAAUGGGGCGCCGGGGCGGCCAGCUCCUCCGGGGAACCCCCGCCCUGCCGGCCCGCGCGCCGCGGUCCGCAGUCCGAGCGGCGGCCGCCGCCCGUGGGCUGGUUCCGUUAGUGGUCGUGGUUCCGGGGCUCGGUUCCCGGGGAGCGCGCGGCUCCGCGCGUCCGGCUCGGGCAACUGCGCGGGUUCGGGCGCUCGAGGCGCUGCGCCAGGUCUUCUUUCUGGCGACCCGCGCCUCCCCGCGCCUCCCUGCGCCUUGUCACCACCGCAGCUGGCUGUUCUAGAUCCCUUUCCGCCCGAGAAGCUGUAGUCUGUGUGUAGCUGGUCCUGCGCUCUGGCCCCCGGUGUGUAAUUUCCAACACGUAGCGCUGCAGAGCUUACAUUCUUCAGAGUGUUUUCGCUGGUGUAGAAGUCGUCCUGUUGAUGUGAAAGAAAAGCACAAGAAGAAAGUUUUACAGUCAUUGUUGAUAUGACUAUUAUGCUGGUCCCCCAGAUCAAAAAAAAGAAUUCUGAGACUGAUGGUCAGCCAUAUAGAAGAAUACAUUGAACCUAUAGUUUUCUGAAGAAGCAAUUUAAAAGAUCCAAAAAACACAAAAGGAGAAGUACAAAUGUCUACCACAAGACGAAAACGUAAUAUGUUAUGUUGUUUACCGUAAGCUGUAGUAAAAUGAGCUCGAUUGUCGACAGAGAAGAUGGUAGUAUAUUUGAUGGGUUGGUGGAAGAAGAUGACAAGGACAAAGCAAAAAGAGUAUCUAGAAACAAAUCUGAAAAGAAACGUAGAGAUCAAUUUAAUGUUCUCAUUAAAGAACUGGGAUCCAUGCUUCCUGGUAAUGCUAGGAAGAUGGACAAAUCUACUGUUCUGCAGAAGAGCAUUGAUUUUUUACGAAAACAUAAAGAAAUCACUGCACAGUCAGAUGCCAGUGAAAUUCGACAGGACUGGAAACCUACAUUCCUUAGUAAUGAAGAAUUUACACAAUUAAUGUUAGAGGCUCUUGAUGGUUUUUUUUUAGCAAUCAUGACAGAUGGAAGCAUAAUAUAUGUGUCUGAGAGUAUAACUUCAUUACUUGAACAUUUACCAUCUGAUCUUGUGGAUCAAAGUAUAUUUAAUUUUAUCCCAGAAGGGGAACAUUCAGAGGUUUAUAAAAUACUCUCUACUCAUCUGCUGGAAAGUGAUUCAUUAACCCCUGAAUAUUUAAAAUCAAAAAAUCAGUUAGAAUUCUGUUGUCAUAUGCUUCGAGGAACAAUAGACCCAAAGGAGCCAUCUACCUAUGAAUAUGUGAAAUUUAUAGGAAAUUUCAAAUCUUUAAACAGUGUAUCGACUUCACACAAUGGUUUUGAAGGAACUAUACAACGCACACACAGGCCUUCUUAUGAUGAUAGAGUUUGUUUUGUAGCCACUGUCAGAUUAGCUACACCUCAGUUCAUCAAGGAAAUGUGCACUGUUGAAGAACCUAAUGAAGAGUUUACAUCCAGACAUAGUUUAGAAUGGAAGUUCCUAUUUCUAGAUCACAGGGCACCACCUAUAAUAGGAUAUUUGCCAUUUGAAGUUCUGGGAACAUCAGGCUAUGAUUACUAUCAUGUGGAUGACCUAGAAAACUUGGCAAAAUGCCAUGAGCACUUAAUGCAGUACGGGAAAGGCAAAUCAUGUUAUUAUAGAUUCCUCACCAAGGGACAACAGUGGAUUUGGCUUCAGACUCAUUAUUAUAUCACUUACCAUCAGUGGAAUUCUAGGCCAGAAUUUAUUGUUUGUACUCACACCGUAGUAAGUUAUGCAGAAGUUAGGGCUGAAAGACGACGAGAACUUGGCAUUGAAGAGUCUCUUCCUGAGACAGCUGCUGACAAAAGCCAAGAUUCUGGGUCUGAUAAUCGUAUAAACACAGUCAGUCUCAAAGAAGCCUUGGAAAGGUUUGAUCACAGCCCAACUCCUUCUGCUUCCUCCCGGAGUUCAAGAAAAUCAUCUCACACAGCAGUCUCAGACCCUUCCUCAACACCAACAAAGAUCCCAACAGAUACUAGCACUCCUCCCAGACCGCAUUUACCAGCUCAUGAAAAGAUGGCACCAAGGAGGUCAUCAUUUAGUAGUCAGUCCAUAAAUUCCCAGUCUGUUGGUCAGUCAUUAACACAACCAGUGAUGUCUCAAGCUGCAAAUUUACCAAUUCCACAAGGCAUGUCCCAGUUUCAGUUUUCAGCUCAGUUAGGAGCCAUGCAGCAUCUAAAAGACCAAUUAGAGCAACGGACACGGAUGAUAGAGGCAAACAUUCAUCGGCAACAAGAAGAACUAAGAAAAAUUCAAGAACAACUUCAAAUGGUCCAUGGUCAAGGGCUGCAGAUGUUUUUACAGCAGUCAACCCCUGGUUUGAAUUUUGGUUCUGUUCAACUUUCUUCUGGAAAUUCAUCUAACAUCCAGCAACUUGCACCUAUAAGUAUGCAGGGCCAGGUCGUUCAAACCAACCAAAUUCAGAGUGGAAUGAAUACUGGACACAUUGGCACAACUCAGCAUAUGAUACAACAGCAGACUUUACAAAGUACAUCAAGUCAGCAGAGUCAACAAAAUGUACUGAGUGGGCACAGUCAACAAACCUCGCUUCCUAGUCAGACACAGAGCACACUCACCACUCCGCUGUAUAACACUAUGGUGAUCUCACAGCCGGCAGCCGGAAGCAUGGUCCAGAUUCCAUCUAGCAUGCCACAGAACAGUACCCAGAGCACUGCUGUAACUACAUUCACUCAGGACAGACAGAUCAGAUUUUCUCAAGGUCAGCAGCUUGUGACCAAAUUAGUAACUGCUCCUGUAGCUUGUGGGGCGGUCAUGGUACCCAGCACAAUGCUCAUGGGGCAGGUGGUGACUGCCUACCCUACGUUUGCUACCCAGCAGCAGCAGCCACAGGCACUGCCAGCCACACAGCAGCAGAACUCCCAGGAACAGCCGCUUGCUUCAGUUCAGCAACCUUCUCAGGCUCCGCUGACCCAACCACCACAGCAGUUUUUACAGACUUCAAGGUUGCUCCACGGGAAUCCUUCGACUCAGCUUAUCCUCUCUGCUGCAUUUCCACUACAACAGAGCACUUUCCCUCAGUCACAUCACCAGCAGCACCAGUCUCAGCAACAGCAGCAACUGAAUCGGCACAGGACUGACAGUUUGACCGAUCCUUCCAAGGUUCAACCACAGUAGCACACAUCCCUCCUCUCUGAUCUCAGGAGGAAGGGGUUGUCCCUAAGAGUUGCUCAGAUGAUCUGAAACUAGGAGGAGAAGGUCCAGCAGUUUCACAAGAUGCAGUAUUGAGUGUUCUAGUUUCUGGACUUAGUUAGCAGGGAAAGUGCUGCCUAGUGCUACAGAUGUACAUUAAAUACCAGCCAGCAGGAGAUGAUCAUGGGGCCAUAGCCAAUUCUGACAGUGUUUUACUCGCCCAGCUAUUUUUCAAAUGGAAAGAUAGAUUGCCAAAUGUUAAGCUCAGCUAUGAAACAUGACCUCCGGUCAAUCAGAAAGGCACUAACAAUGUUAGUAACUUUUAGUGGUUCUGUGCCUGUUUUCAAGUGUUACAGAGGACACGCCACUGUCAUGUCAGGGGUUUGCGUACAACGAUGCCAUGAAGACAGUCCGGUAGACCCAGUAGACCCCUUCACCAUCCCCUCUCCCUUUUCAGAUAACGAUUGAAUAGUAAUUUCAGAAUGUCGUGUGGUUCAAAUGCUCUAUGUACAGAUACUGUAAAAAAAUAUUAUGUAUAUGUCUGGAUAAAAGGAGAGAAAGCAAAACAUUUUGUAAGCUGCAUGAAAGCAUUAUCUCCUCUUAGGUAUGAGUAUAUUUCCUUAGAUUCUGACGCCAUGUGCAAACUAGUACAUCCUCUGUUUCCCCUCUUGUUUACAACACGGUAGUGUUCUCACUUUUCCGGGGCACAAGGCUUUUUGUUCAUACUUUGGCUGUGAUGUCACAGUUUGUUCAGUGAGGUAUGAUGUGCUGCUGGGAAUGGAUAUUUUUUUCCAGGUUAAAUUAUUGAGACAACAGGAUUUUCAAGUUACUCAGAAAUAUCCUUUAUUUCAUUAUUUUUCAUUUAUGUUUGAAAAUAGGAUUUGCACUGCUUUAUUUUAGAUGGUUGGAAGUUUUGGUCACAUAUUUUGAUAUAUAGUUCAUAGUUGGAAAUAGUUGUGUAAACGGUUUUCAAUAAGCCUGAAAGUAAUUUCAAGAAUGUUUCAGUUAUAGGAGUAAAAUUUGCACACAAAAGAUUUUAGGCACUUUUUAACAUUCUCACUGGUGGGAAUUUUAACUUUUAGGAUUUGUUGGAAUCUUUUUAUUAUCCUUCACAAUUUCAAUGCUUCUUUUAGUCAGAAAUGAUUCAGGGUUAUUUGAGGGGAAAAAAAAAAACCCAUAGUGCCUUGAUUUUGAUUCAGGUGAUAACUCACCAUCUUGAAUUCAUUGUCUGGUUUCAGUAGCAGUUUUGAAACCUUAGUACAUUUUUAACAGCAUGUGGGUGUCAGUGCCAUUAUGAUUCUCCUAAGUUUCCACGAAGACUGCUUUGAGUCUCUUGGACUGGAGGUACAAGUAACUUAGAAAUAAAUACAAGGUGACAUCCUGACACUAUCAGAGUCAUUGAUGUGAUCACAAAAUUGUUUCCUAAAUCAGCAUCUUCCUUUAAAGCUGAACAGUUAAGAAUUACCUGUCAAUGUUUUCUAUAUAUGAUCUUGAUAUUCCUACAAAGAAAAAAGAAGGGGUAAGAAUUGGCUUUGCCUUUACUAUAACACUAGAAUAUUGUAACUCACAUGCUUUCUAAACGUGAACUAAGAUUUCAUUUGGCAAUAUUAGAUUCUAAAGGUAAUAAAUUCCAACAGAAAUUACAUACAUAAAAAGAUCAUCUUAGAGCUUUUAUGGUACUAAUAAUUAAAUUGACAACCACAGAGCAAAGGAAAAUUAAUGGAAAUACCUUAUUAAAAUAUCAAAAAUUAUUACUGAAGGGAGGAUAGCAAGCUGUAGUUAACUCGAAAUUGACCUUAAAAGGAAAUGUGUAACAGAACUGAAAAAGGUUUUGAGCAAUGAAAAUAUUGUACUAUAGAAUUGCUCGACAAAGGAGUCAGAGGAAUUUCUAAGACCGUUCUUAUGACUUUUCUGUCCUUCACUUUGCUAUCAUCCCAAAAGGAUAGACUUUGUCUUUCUACAGACAACUCUACCUGGGCACACAUCUAUUAGAGAGUUCAUAUUGAAGAAGAAAAUAACCAAAGAAAGUUGGUACCUAGCCUUCUACAAAAGAAGUGUCACUGGAUACCAAUCAAUAAUGAACAUAUCAAGAAGCUCCUCUUCUAGCUAAAUGAUCUGGAUGAAGAGAUUUCUGACUUCCUCAUGAAUGUCAAGAAUAGCUGUCAGAAUAUGUAUGUAACUUGAGCAUAGGUACACAUAGGUGAAAUUGAUGUAGAAUAUGGCAACAGUAUUAGUUUUCUCCCCUUUCAGAUUGCCUUUCUCAACCUUACCAUGCCAUUCCAUAUAUCUGAGUUGUGCCUCAUUUAUUUAUUGGCAAUAUUUAGUGGUAUGGAUAACAAAAGAUAUGAAGAACUAUAAUAUUUAUUAAGAUUUAUCCUCUAAAUACCGUACUUAAAGGGAAAGAUGGUGAACGGUGAGUACUGUGUACUUAGGUCUUCAAAGGCAAAGCAGAAGACAAGCCACAAGGUAAAUCUGUAGACUGUUCACAUUCUCCUCUACCAGUCCCUUCAAGUAUUUUCCAUCCUCAUAGAUAUUUGGGAAGGAAAAUUAGACAAAAUGUUUUGUAAUUCCUGUUGUUCCUCACAGCCCAUUUUUGCCCUGCUUAGAAUUGAUUGAAUUUAAAGGGACAGCUAGCUGCGUUCCCUUGGCUGUCAAUAUAUAGUGUUGUCGAAGAGCUAGUAAGCGCCAACUGCCUCAGCUCCUCUGUGUCCCGUUCCGUCCCCCCACCCAGCCCCCGGUUUUUCUUGAACUUGGGUUGCAGAGCUGCCCCUGCCCCUCCCCCAUAAUUGAGACUUGAGCAUUCUGAUGAAGACUGGGCAGUUGCCUGAUCUUCGUUCCUGUAGCCAAAGUUGUUCAUUAAAAUCCCAAAUCUACGUAAUGAAAAAAUACCAAAUACAGACACCUUUCAGCUACUUAAAAGUCACCAUCUUCCCUCCGCUGUACUCUCACAGCGAUUCAUUUUUUCUUACAAAACAUUUUAUUCUGGGUGGCACUUUUUAAGUGACAAACUAUUGAAGAUCUGGAAAAACGUGAGCUGCUCUGCAGUCGCCCUGCUCUGCACUGUGGUGGCCCCCGGUGCCAGUGCUGUUAAACCCUUCAGGCGAGGCUGCGGGGGUCAGUCACGUUGCUGCUAAGAGUGGUGUCAGACCAGAACCCAGAUGCUCAAAAGUACUCUGAUUUUUGAGCUGGAAUAUAUUGGAGGAAAAGCAAAUAGGAAUGGGGAUGGCAAUAGGUAAAUACUACUGUUCAGUCUCCAAACUCUGUCCUAAGCUGAGGGGGUAAUUCGAGUCCCAUGCUCUGCUUUGUUACUUACAUCUGGUUUAGGAAUGUACUAGUAAUAAAAGAUGCCAGUGACUUUGAAUAGGUGGUUACAGAAUACUUAGUGCAGAAGAGUGAAAAUGUUAUUUGCAUUCUUCAGAAGUGCUAAGAGUCUUUGGUCAUUGCCUUAAAGCGGUCUGCUUGCAGUUAGUUAAGGGCACUGAAGCAGUGCAGCUCCACGCAGGGCAUUGCAGUGAAGGGAGAUGAACCUUUGUUCAAGAGGCCUUAGAAAGGGGCCCCUCGAAAUAGUACUCUUUCUCCGGCUCCACAGUGGUGAAAAUUAUUUUCAACUGGAUAUUAUUCAACUUGAUUUCUAAUGUUUCCACUACAGUGAGGUAAACCUUUUCCUUUUUUUAAAGUGGAAUGCAAAUAGCAUUUUACUUUGGUAUUGCUCGUUUCUCCUUUUUUUCUUUUUCUCUAUUUCUUUGGUGAUUGAGUUUGUUGAUGAUGGACAUUUGUGGAAAACUCAUUCAAGUCUGUAACCUUUCCAAUAUCUGUGAUCCUAUUCCUAGUCCCUUGGGAGUCAGUGUUGGAAGGUAUAAACACUGGAUAUUACUAUUGCUGAGUGAGUCUAGCCAGGAGUGAGCAGAUUGGAAUUUUCAAAUGGUGGAAAAGGAACAGCACAAAGGCACUUGCCAUUUUAAUUAGCGAUUGGAGAGAGAGACCCUUUUAAGUUUGUUUGGGUUGGGUGAGCAUUCCUCUAAAAGGAGCUUCUGAAAUAAAUGCAAAGGAAAAGAGUCGACUAUUUUUAUAGCAUAUUUAAUAUAUUUGUAUAUAACUAUGAAUAUGGUAGGAACCCUCCACAUGCCUCCACUUUUCUAAUUUACUCCCCCUUUUGCCAUAGCACUAGUAUAGCCUCAUCCGCAUGGGUAAUGUGCCUAUUGUCAGCCUACCAAAAGAUAGUGCUGCUGCUUUCUGAGACAGGUGAGACCACCCAACUCUCAUGCCUGGGGAUCCUUUCUGUAGGAAUAGCACACACUUUGAAAACAACAUAACCACAGUCUGAAAGCAUCAUUUUGAAAUGUAACAAGCACUUUAUUGCAACUAUUCAUUUUGAUAAAGUUUAUUAUCUUAAGCAUUACCAUUUCUAAAGGAUCCCCAAAUCAUCACUUAGGUGAAAUUUUAAAAUGAUACAUUUCUGAGAAAUGUUUAGAUCCAGUGAACCGUAGCAGGUUUCUGGGAGUGAUUUCAAGGUAGCCAAAUGAACUUUGACUUUGGUUCUGAAUGUGGCGGAGUCAGGAGAUUGUAGAUGGCUAGUUCUGUUUCGACACUAUUGUAAACCUGUCUUGCCUAUCGUGUGGACACCAAAAGAGACCAAUGAGCCUGUUUAUUUUCAGAGGCCUAGGACAGUUGCAUCAGUGUGAAUAGAUGUAUAGAACUAACCUAAAAGUGACUGGUAGUAAUAUUUUAGAAUAUGAUAAUUUCAAGAAUUCUUCUGGGUGUUUUAAAUGUGCUCUGAAAUGUUGGCAUGUCAUUUCAGCGUUUCCAUUUGAAUUGCUCUUAUAAUCUCUUUUGCACAAAAAGGACUGAGAAAAAGACAACUUCAGUUGAAGAAAAGUAUAAUUUGGUCUUAUUUUAAAUAUGUCUCCUGUGGAAACACAGGGGAUGAAUUUUGUUGGUAUAGUUAGUUAUUAAUUCAGGAUACUUAAAACAGUAUUGAACAGCUCACAAGAAAUUCAGCAAAUGUGGACAUUUAAAAAUUAAAACUUUGUUUCCAUGUGACUGUUUUGCAUAUUUUCCCCCUUGUCAUAAUUUAACACUACAUUCCUUGUUUUUCUUAAAUAAAAUAAUACUUUGCAGGUUCUGCUUUGAGUAUUUAACAAUAUUUUUGUAAGCUGCCUGGGUCUUCCUAGGGAAACGUUUAGUGAAGUAGGAUAUAGUUUAUGAAGAGACUGUUGAAGUGGAAUCCCAUCACCACCACCAGCAAACACUGAGGUGCUGCAUUCAGUGACAAUCAAAAUAGUGAGUAUUUAUGGAAGAAUUUAGAACGUGAUUUUAAAGAGGCAGUUGCUUUGAAAGCAGUUCUCUGGGUUUGUUGAAUGAAAAUGGCUAAAUGUAUUUAUUUAUAUUUUUAAAUAUCUGUGUUGUUUUCUCAUCAGAGUGAUUUCACAGUGUCAUGUAUUUAAUUUGUGGUUUGUUUUGUUCUGCUUCGUAAUCUUCUACUUAAAAGAACUGGCUCCUCUAUCUGGGGGCGCAGUCUCCAGCCCUCACCAGGACUGUCCCUGGGCCAAUCCAAAUCUGUUUUACUUCAGGACGGCAGUGGAGGGCCCAAAGCCGGAUGCCCUGGCACUUCCCUCCUGUUCUCAACUCAUUUAAGAAAAAAUAAAGGUAACUCCUUCCAAAUCUGCUUUGUAUAGCUCCAACCUUUUUUCUAGUUUCACUUGCUGCCUUUUCUAUUUUAUGGGUACUUUUUAUAGGAUUACUUCCCCAAUGCAGCCAAAGGCCAGUAGGACAGAACCAGUGGCACACAUUGCCUCUGUUCUGCCCAUUUGGGGAAAUGUUAGUAAGAAGAUCGGCAUCUUCGAAUGGCUGUCACUAUCAUAUCCAUAGUAAAACCCAUUUCAAGUCCUUAAAUACAGGUGGAACAACGUAUGUGCACUGUACUCUCCUACAAAAACUGUUUGCUGUCUUUAGGGUACUGUUGCUUGGCUCUACAAAAACAAGGCCUUCAUACACAGUACUAGCCACUCAAGUAGUGUUGGGACAUUUGAAGCCUACAAGUUGGAGGAUACUUCUUAGCUAGUAUACAUCGGAACAGAAUUCUCCUUUCUAGGGCUCUCCGAGGAGCUCUUGAGUCCCACAGGCCUCCAGCGGCGUGUACCAUCUAGCUUUUGGGACCCCUCAGAGAAUGAUAACCAAAGCAUGUCAGCCACAAGUUGGAUUUAAUGAUGUAGAACAUGUUUAACUCUGAGGCUUAAAAUGAAAAUGUGUUUCAAAUGUAUGCUUUUAUUUCUGAGGAAACAAACUGUGACAUCGCUUAAAAAAUGACAUUCAAAUGUUUUAUGUGUGUUUUGAGUUAUUCUGUACUGGUGCAAAUUCACUGCUGGCAAUGGUUGUGCCAGUACUAAAGAGUUAGUAGAGAAAGCUCUAUUAUCCUUAGAUUGAUGUAUUAUGUACCUAGACAAUCAUCAAGCAAAACAAAGUUGGCCAGGAAAUGUCUUUUUUUUUCCCCCCAUGUCAGCUAGAACAGCUGUAACUUUAGACCAUUCUAGAAUUAUUUUGGAAUCUGUUUUACUAUGGCGUAAGUUGGGGAAGGGCCUCAGUAUGGCACUUGCACAUUUUACUCUAUGUAGAGAUGGAAGGCCAAAGAUGAGUCACAUUCAGUGCUGUGUUGAAACCAGUUAGUGCAAAAAAGUUUUAUCUUUGUAAAUUUUUAAUUGUUAACAUCGGUUAGUAGCUGUAAAAACAUACACCAAAUUCUUUCUAAUGUUCUGUGUGGUUCUUGGUUGUGCUACUCUUGACAUUGCUGUCCUUACUGCUUGGUUCUUGGUUUUAGAUAAAAAUUAGAUGUAGCCCAUUGUCUUAACUUCCAAAAAGGUAGAGCUAUAUGUACAUGGCUAACUGAUCUUAAGAAUACGUACUUUUCCUGAAGCAAACAUUGAAUUGAAAUCCAAACUGAUUUACAAAAACGAGAUGGACAUCUUGUAGGUAUUGUAUUCUGCCCCAAUCCUAAAUUGUACCGAAGCACGAAGGGAUAAUGAAUGGUUUCACUGGUGCUAUCUUAGGUUCUCUGCUGAUUUUCAUGAGCUGUGUUUGGAAGUACAAUAUUACAUAAAACGUGGAUCAUUUUGUUACCAACUUAAUAUUGCCAUUUUAAUUUGGUGUUACAAUUGGUUGCACUUGUUUUUCAGCGCUGUCCUUUGAGAAGAGGUAACGUGUUUUAUUAGCCUACCUCCACUCAGGCCUCUUGGUGUAUGAUCUUUUCUCCAGGUUAUGAUGUGCAUAGUUUUCUAAAACUACAUGUACUAUUAUUAUAUUGCUCUUUCCCGUAGACUUUUGUAAUGUAUUCCGAACCUAAAAUCAUAACAAAAGAGCCAAGCAGUAGCAUCGGUUGGUUUUUUUUGUUUUGUUUUUCGUUUUUUUUUUUUUUUUUUUUGUAAAUGUAAAACGAAUUAGAUCCAGACUUUGUUUCCUUACUCAAUUUUAAAAAUAAAAAAUACCUCAGUG